AUGUCUUCAGCAGUUGUUCAAAUAUAUGCAGCAGAUCGCAAUGCUGUGUGGUCAAAGAAGUGCUGUGGUGUAGCUUGCCUUGUGAAGGACAAUCCCCAGAGGUCAUAUUUUAUCAGAAUAUUUGACAUUAAGGAUGGGAAAUUAUUGUGGGAGCAGGAGCUGUACAAUAACUUUGUAUAUAAUAGUCCUAGAGGAUAUUUUCAUACCUUUGCUGGAGAUACAUGUCAAGUUGGUCUUAAUUUUGCUAAUGAAGAAGAAGCUAAACUAUUCCGCAAAACAGUAACAGAUUUACUUGGACGACGGCAGAGAAAAUCUGAAAAAAGACGAGACCCACCAAAUGGUCCAAAUCUACCAAUGGCAACUGUUGAUAUCAAAAACCCAGAAAUUACAACUAACAGAUUUUAUACUCCACAAGUCAACAAUAUUUCAUAUACCAAAGAAAAGAAGAAAGGAAAAACUAAAAAGAGAAGAUUGACAAAGGCAGAUAUUGGAACACCGUCUAAUUUCCAACACAUUGGACAUGUUGGUUGGGAUCCAAACACAGGUUUUGAUGUGAACAACUUAGACCCAGAACUGAAAAACCUGUUUGAUAUGUGUGGAAUUUCAGAGGCUCAGCUAAAAGACAAAGAAACUUCAAAGGUCAUAUAUGAUUUCAUUGAAAAAACAGGAGGUGUGGAAGCAGUUAAAAAUGAACUGCGCAGACAAGCUCCACCUCCACCACCACCUUGCAGAGGAGGACCCCCUCCACCUCCACCACCACCUCCCCAUAGCUCGGGCCCACCUCCUCCCCCUGCUAGGGGCCGAGGGGCACCACCUCCACCUCCUUCAAGAGCUCCCACAGCAGCACCUCCACCCCCACCUCCGUCUAGACCUGGUGCAGCAGUGCCCCCGCCGCCUCCAAACAGGAUGUAUCCUCCUCCUCCACCAGUGCAUUCAUCCUCUGCACCUUCCGGCCCCCCUCCUCCGCCACCACCACCUGCAAGUGGCUCCUCUGCUCCUCCGCCGCCUCCUCCUCCUCCACCCCCUCCUGGGCCUCCUCCACCACCAGGCCUUCCUUCAGAGGUCGAUCACCAGCUUCCAGUCCCUACAGGAAACAAGGCAGCACUCUUGGAUCAAAUCAGAGAAGGAGCUCAGUUAAAGAAAGUAGAACAGAACAGUCGACCGGUGUCCUGCUCAGGAAGAGAUGCACUGUUAGACCAGAUACGACAGGGUAUACAGCUGAAAUCUGUAUCUGAUGGUCAGGAGAGUGCACCACCUACGCCUGCACCCACCUCAGGAAUUGUGGGUGCCUUAAUGGAAGUUAUGCAGAAAAGGAGCAAAGCCAUUCAUUCUUCAGAUGAAGAUGAGGAUGAAGAUGAUGAAGAAGACUUUGAGGAUGAUGACGAAUGGGAUGAUUGAUCAUAUAUUAUUAUAUAUAUAUAUUUUUUAAGGUGAAUGAUAUACUAAACACUACUUUCUGUCUAUGGAUUCUGUAAAAUUAUCAUGUAAAUGUUCUACCAAUUUGCUGUAUAUUUUUGUUGCCUUUUGCUUUUUUAUUAAUCUGUGCAAUACCUCAUUUAAUCUGUAAAGGUUUGUCAUAAUCCUCUACAAAGCUACUCCCUGUUAAUGUGUGCAAGUUUACACCUGGAUGAUCACGUACAUGUGAAUACUUUCCAUUCCAUCAAUAAGGGAGUUUAAAUGUAAUAUGUGAGACUGACAAAAACCUUAAUGUAAUUUAGUUAUAAUGCAAGAAGGAAAACACUAUUUUCAUACCCUACUUUUUCUGUAUCUAAAUUUUCUUAUUAAAACCUAGUAUAGCAC